AUGUCAAAGUUGAAACCUUUCUGCCGUUGGUGUAUGCAACCAACUGGCGAUGGCCCCUCUCAUUCCCCCCAAGAGUGUAUCCGCUAUAGCCAGACGGGCGCCGCUCUCCAAUCUCGACCACGAGACCCCGAAGAUGGCCUCGAUACACAAACAGGAAUCAUCCUCAUGAGCAGGGCACGCGGAUCAAGGAUCGAAGACUGGGCUUCCAUGUGGCGAUUACUGUUUCCAGGAGAUGAGAACGUGCCAUCUCCAGGUGAGUAG